AUGGUAACAGAUGUUGUUAAAAACACUGGUCCUCAAUCAUCAAUUGCAAGAAAUAGGAGAAAACUUAUUCUCAAAGCGAAGAGGGAUUAUCGAAACGGUAUCCGAUUAAACAACCUCACUUCCCAUUUAAAUCUUAAUUUUACAUCCUCUGUAACAUAUGAAACCACUGUUAAAACGGCUAUGACUAGAAAGAGAAGGAAGAUAAUCUUGGAUAACAGAAAAAGAUUGAGAAAUUUCAUCAAUACUGAAGUUAGUGAGUGCGCAGAUGCAAAUUCAAGACGCAAGAAUUCAAAUUAUGGGGUUCAAUUUUCAAAUAACAUUGUUAUUCAAAAUCAGAACAUGGAUCAUGCAUCUACCUCAAAUCAUAAUAUGUCAGUUGAGUCUCAUUAUCAGGACAAUGAUGACUCCAACUCUGACAAUAAUUUAAAUUCUUCUAAUAGUUCCGACUCUGAGGAGGAUUCAGUGUCUGCACAAUUACAGGAGGCCCAUCUUCAAGAAUAUUACGAUAUUGGAGACCAAAAUUAUGAAUGCGCACACUGCCAAGCAUGUAUGUGGUACCAAGAAAAAGUAAAUAGACACAAAAUUACAACAAUUCCUCGGUUUCAUCGUUGCUGCCGUGGAGGAAAAAUUGUUCUCCCGUUCCUUGAGCAACCUCCACAGGUGUUGCAAGAUCUUCUAUUUAAUAAAACAUAUUUAGAUAGUAAAAACUACCAGGCUAACAUACGAACAUACAACGCAAUGUUCUCAUUCACCUCCCCCGGAAUGAAAUUUGACACAACAUACUUUAAAAGAGGAGGACCCCCUACUUUGAGACUGCAAGGUCAGACCUGUCAUCGAAUUGGUACACUACUGCCAGAAAUCGGAAAAGCUCCGCAAUAUGCUCAAUUAUAUAUCUACGACACGGACAAUGAAGUUGAACACAAAAUAAAAUGUUUCAAGGACAACAAAGGCAUCGAGCGCCUCGUUGUCAAUAAGCUCAAGCUAAUGUUAGAUGAGCACAAUGUUCAUGCCAAAGCUUUUAGAAUGGCAAGGGAUGUUUUAAGGACAAAUUCUUUCACAGAUUUAAAACUCAGGCUUAUUUCUGAUAGAUCCGAAGAUGGCCGUGUUAACAACAAACCUACUAUCUCAGAAGUGGCUGCACUCAUUGUGGGAGACAUUGAUUCUGCUGAUAAAAGGGACAUCUUAAUUCAGCGCCACAAUGGUGGUUUGCAACGAAUAGAUGAGUUUCACCCAGCAUAUUUGGCAUAUCAGUAUCCUUUUAUAUUUCCUUAUGGGGAAGAUGGUUACAGGAAAAAUAUAAUGCAUAAAUAUCGCCAUGAAACUGAGUCGAUGGGUUAUGCUAUGAUGGAAUCCGAACGACUGAAUUGGUUGAGGGAUAAUCAAUCGAAGUUAAGAGUGGGCAAAUAUAAUAAUUUGACCACUCAAACUGAUGGCGAUAGAAGAAAUGAACACCAGAAGCAAGGAAAACGAGUUGUUUUGCCAUCAACAUUUGUUGGUAGCAAGAGAUAUAUGGAUCAACUAUAUUUUGACGGUAUGGCCAUUUUAAGUCGAUUGGGAUUCCCUGAUUUAUUUGUUACAUUUACCUGCAACCCAAAUUGGCCUGAAAUUAAAAGAGCAUUGUCAGGAACAGGACUACAACCCCAUGAUAGGCCAGAUAUCAUUUCAAAAGUUUUCAAAAUAAAGUUUGAUACCCUCAUGAAUGAUAUUACAAAACACCAUGUCGUCGGAAAAGUUAUUGCAUAUAUGUACACCAUUGAAUUCCAAAAGCGGGGAUUGCCACAUGCGCACAUAUUGAUAUUCCUACACCCUCAGAGCAAAUACCCAACACCAUCUGACAUAGACAACAUCAUUUCUGCUGAAAUUCCCGACCCGACUGUUCAUCCCAAUUUAUACAAGUUGGUUAAGGCACAUAUGAUGCAUGGACCCUGUGGCCUCGCGCGCAUGAACUCACAAUGUAUGAAGAAUGGAAGAUGUUCUAAAUACUAUCCCAAAAAUUUUAUUGAACACACUAUUGUUGAUGCAGAGGGAUAUCCACUUUAUAGGAGAAGAUCAAAAACCUUCACUAUUGAAAAAAAUGGUAUCACCUUGGAUAACAGACAUGUGGUUCCAUAUAACACCAGAUUUCUUAUGAAAUACCAGGCACAUAUAAACAUGGAAUGGUAUGUCUCCCCCAGUGAAGCAUGCUGGCGCAUUUACUCUUACAAUAUUCAUGGCAGAAAACCAGUUGUGGAACGUAUGUUCUACCAUUUGGUUGGGGAGAAACCUAUCUACUAUACAGAUUAUGCACGCAUGGAAAAUGUACUAGAAAUUGCAAGUGUGACUGAAUCAAUGUUUACUGCAUGGUUGGUGGGAAAUGCUAAAUAUGAAGAAGCACGAACAUUAAUUUACGGUCAAUUUGUCUCAAAGUUUGUUUAUCACAAAAAACAACGAGAAUGGAAACUGAGUAAAAAAGGCUUCACCAUUGGACGUCUCAUAUGGGUUCCGCCAACAGCUGGUGAACUAUUUUACCUCCACAUGAUGUUGACGGUAGCAAAAGGACCAACAAAUUAUGAGGAAAUCAGGACAGUGGGUAACAUCCAGUUUGAUACAUUUAGAGAUGCGUGCUUUGCAAUGGGAUUUCUUGAAGACGACAAAGAAUACAUAACUGCUAUAAAGGAGGCAAGUCAUUGGGGGACAGGUCAUUUUCUUCGAAAACUAUUUGUCUUCAUGCUUUUGUCAGGUGCUGUUAAUCGCCCUGCACAUGUUUGGGAACAAUCUUGGCUCCUAUUAUCUGAUGGUGUCUUACAUACACAAAGAGCGUUGGCUGCAAAUCCAGAAUUAGUCCUCACACAAGAAGAGUUACAAAAUUUGACUUUAAUAGAAAUUGAGAAACUGCUUCAAGCAAAUAGAAGGACACUAAAGGAUUUUAGUCCUAUUCCAUAUCCAAAUGCUUAUGUUCUUGAAUAG